CAUUUGUGUGGACCGCGUCGGAAAUUAUUACUUCAUUGAAGUCGAGUUAUGUGCGCGGCCGGCUGCUGGUUCGAGUACUCUAAUAGUUUGGCAUUGAUAACAGUAGCGAAUACAUCGUCAGCAUCACAAUAUAACAACAACGGCAAAUAACUAUCAUUUUUACAGUGCUUGUGAAUAUAAAAUAUAGGAAAAAAUUGAAAAAAACAUUUAAAGUGAAGAUGGAGUUAGUAAAAAUAACAAAUUUAUUUAUUAAUUUUAUUGUGUUAUCAGCAAUGAUCAAAAGUUAUGCACGAGCAGAAGGAACAGUCCUACGGAGAACAUCGCGUGCCUCUAAUUUCUGCUCGAAUAAUAUGGUUUGUGUGCCGAUAUCAUCGUGUCCGGUGCUGCGAGACAUCAUAAAAAACGAAUGCGUAAUCAAUAACAGAGUAUCUUCAUUGGGUUGUGGAUAUCAAGGCUCCGGUCUUGUCUGUUGUCCACAAACAAGCCAAGCGACUAGUUUCAAAGAUCAUAAAACAUCCGAUGGACACGUGUGUGGGCAGACGGCGGUGCAAGGUGAAAACUACGAAGGAGUCGGGACGUAUCCGUGGAUUGCGCGCAUCGGCUUCAAGAAUACGCAAAGUGGAGAAGUGAAGUAUCCUUGCACAGGUUCAAUACUCAAUCGGCGUGUUAUUCUUACAGCUGCUCAUUGCGCAUUGGCAAAAUCAACAAAUUUCAAAUUAUAUAAUGUUAGAAUUGGUGAAUACACAACAAAUUCCGAUAUUGAUUGUGGUGAAGAGUUUUGCGGCCUUCCAAAUCAGGAUAUACAAAUUAGUCAUGUUAUUAUCCAUCCCAACUAUGAGAAACAAUCGUAUAAAAAUAAUAUUGCGUUGAUUGUAUUAAGAUCCGCAAUGAAUUUUUCAGUUACUUCACAACCGAUCUGCUUACCGGAAUCAUGGUCUGUCACCAGCAGUAAUGGGAUUCUAGUCGGCUGGGGCAAAACCGCCGGCCAAACUGUAACGAUAUAUAAACAACAAGUUUUACACUUACCAAUCACAAAUCUAAGAAAAUGUGCAAACGUCUACGGAAAUACUUUACCAAUCACCGAUAAUCACCUGUGUGCUGGCGGAGAAUUAGGACACGAUGCUUGUUCAGGUUUCGGAGGUGCUCCCUUGAUGAUUCAACAAGGCGAUACUUACUACCAAAUUGGUAUUCUUUCUUUUGGAUCUGAUCAAUGUGGAGCUCAGGGAAUACCAAGUGUUUACACAAAUGUUAGAAAAUACGUAAAUUGGAUCAAAGAAAACAUUCCAGUAAUUUAUAAUAACUAAACUACAAA